AUGCAAACUCGUCACGCGCCGACAGAAGAACACCGCAGCAAGAGGAAGUUCCAACCCAGUAUCACAAGCUAUUUUGAGGUGCGGGACGAUUUCGAGCAUAACGACGAUCUGCGGGGCCUAGAUCCGAUUAUCCGACCGCGACACCAAGAUACGAGAGGCGUUGCACAACAGCAGCAACAGCAAAGAGAGAGACUUGCUCCAGACGUUCCAGGACAAGUACAAGCAGACUUGCUGAGCGUCGGAAUGAGAGUCAGAAAGAGCGUGCCGGAAGGCUACAAGACGCACAAGAUAUCCGGACUGCCCAUGUCGAGACCCACGUUGGCCGUCAAGCCACCCCGAGAAGCUGUACCAGACGAAGUUCAACACCAGCGAGAAUUACUGCCCUUCUGCGGUCUGCAUAAGAUUGGGGGAUUUGCUGAACAACCUACAACGAACCCACAUCUCUACCAUGCGGACGGCACUCCAUCGCCACCAAAUUACUUCCCUCUCCCUGCCGAAACCUUUACGCAGCCAUUCUCCUCGUCAUCCUCCACCGAUAGCGGCUGCUCCACCACAUCGCAACGCCCACACAACCCCUCGAAACGCUCAUGGCAAGACGAAGACGAGGUCAGGCAGUUGGACACAAGCUUCUUCUUCGGUUCAUCGUCCACGAAGGGCAUGGGCAUGGGUGUUGAGGUCGACGAGGUGCCUGUUAGUCCUUUGAGCGAGACGCCGCCUCAAGGGCUAAACACGCUGCCACCGGUGAGGCAGUUCGCGCAACCCAAGUCAAGAAGAACCACUCAGAGGACGAUCAGCGAUGAUGACAUCGAUAUGGAUUUCGAGAAUGCGUCGCACAUAGAGGGACGAGUUGGCGCAGGCUGUGGAAGUGAUUUUGAGGAGGCGGAUUUCUUGUCCAAAGAGGUGGAUAUGGGUGGUAUAUGA